UGCAGCUGAACUCACAGUGAGCGCUAUUUAACAGUAUUUUUAAGGUAAGGCUUGCACGGGCACGCAUUCACUGCGUGGGUGGACCUUUUGGGUGUGACGUCACCGCACAAUUCCCUUUACCCGGGUCCACUCAUGCCUGACUCUCACAGCAGCGCGCGCCUCGCUCUCGCACCAACUUACCUUGAAUCCAGAGCGGCGCCGUAAGUGAAAGAAGAGGGAAUAUACGGUGGGUAAUUUCUUGUGUUUUUACCUGCAUUGCGACUCGACUGGGACAUUGAUAAACGACAAACUUCUACACUAGUGAAGGAAAGUCAAAUAGCAGGAUGGGUGAAAGCAACUGCUCAAGGAUAGAUGUAGACAACGAUACAUGCCACUUCAAGCACCACAUUAACCCUCCUGUGAAACCCCUGAUCAGCGCCUCCAUGUUUGCUAUAGGCAUUUUUGGAAACGUAGCUGCCCUGGUGAUCUUGGAAAUACGGCGACGCAGGAACAUAAGGAGUGGAGGCACAUGGCAGCGCAGCUUGUUCCACAUCCUCAUCACAUCAUUGGUGGUUACGGACUUGACUGGAACCUGUUUGGUCAGCCCAUUAGUGCUGGUUUCAUACUCGCGCAACUUAACCCUGAUUGGUAUGAGGCCUGAAACUUGCGGCUUGUGUUCGUACUUUGGUGCCACUAUGACCUUCUUCAGCCUGGCUACCAUGUUGCUCCUCUUCUCUACAGCACUAGAAAGAUGCUUUGCCAUUGGGUACCCCUACCUGUACAGCCGGCAUGUCACCAAGAAGUGUGCAUACAUCACAAUAUUGCUGGUGUUUUUGUUGUGCAUAAUAUUCUGUCUCCUCCCUUUUGCUGGAUUUGGGAGAUAUGUGCAAUACUGCCCGGGCACAUGGUGCUUCAUUGACAUGAAUGCAGUGAAACCACAGAACAAAGCCUAUGCCAUUCUGUAUGCCACUUUUAUGCUGGUGCUCGUGGUGGCCAUUGUAGUGUGUAACGCCUUUGUGGUGUACCAGCUGUAUAGGAUGUACCAGCGCCGGAGGAGAAAUGGCACAGUGAUGUCCACAAUGAGAUCCAACAGUGAGCGCAAGCUUCUGUCCAUGUCAGAGGAGGUGGAGCAUCUGAUCAUGAUGGUCGUCAUGACCGUUAUCUUUAUCAUCUGUACACUACCACUAGUGAUUCGAGUGUACAUCAACUACAAUGGCGAGAAUGAUCACCCCUCAGACCUGAUUGCUCUCCGCUUCAUCUCCGUCAACUCCAUCGUCGACCCCUGGGUCUUCAUCCUACUCUCCCCUGGUGUUCAGCACUUUUGCUGGACCUCUGUCUGCCAGUCCACCCUGAUAGACCAGAGAGGAUCUGUGUUUAAAUCAUCGCUGGCUAAAGAAAAUGCCAAACUAGAACUGUCUCGGCCAACGCUGUACACGGAGCAAAUUGAUUCAGUAAAAAAUAUGUGACUGCAGCAGUGCUUUGCCAUCACUUGAUAUUUAUGUUUACUGGACAUGAAAGUAGACUGUGCGCUGUCCUACCUGAGCACCGAAGCUGCAGAAGUUUGCUGGGUCACAGCAGUGUUUCUUUUGGGUAAUGGUCCAUGCCAUCAAGCUGAUAAGAACUUCUAAGCAGCCUUAUCAGUUUCGGGCCGUCUCUUGCCAAUCACUGGGCAUUUCCAUACACUUCUAGCAUUUCAGCUAAAUGCACACUGACUUCUCCGGAGAUUUUGUCUCCCUCAUGACUUGCAUUCUUUAUGAAUGAAAGAAAAAUGGCUGCUGAUGGGAAAGGAAAUAUCUAAAGUUUGGCAGUGAUGUCAUAGACAAUCUGCAAGUGCGUUACAAAUAUUGAUCACUGGUAUUUUGAUACUUCUCUUAUCAACCCUGAGAGUCUAAACCUCGUACUUUAAUCUAGGCUGCCAGAUUGAUGUUAGAAAAGUCCAAGGGCAGGAUGCCUACAGAGUCUUAGAUUAAGCUAUCUUUUAACCAAAAAAGGUAGAGAGCUACAGUAUUUAUUUUUUAUGUAUAGUGUGUAGUAUACAGGAUACACUACCAUGUUAUUAACAACAAGGUUUCAUGUGCAAAUGUAUUUUGAUUUAAGCUUCUUAAACUGUUAAGGAAAAGCGGAUCAAUAAUCUCAUGACACGUGGCUGUUAUUGUAAUGCUUUUGAUGCACUUUAUGAACUUAGGGUACUUUUUAAAGUGGGUCUUAUUAAUGACAAAAUAAUUAAAAAUAAUGUCCAUCCAUCCAU